UAGAGAGAGAGAACCGGACCGGGGAAUGGGCCGGUUUGCAGCGUUUCCCGUCCGACUGGUCGCGGUCGGGCCGGAAAACGUGGUAAAGGGUUCCCGCUGCCGACGCAAAUCCUAGGGUUUUAGAGAUAGAACAUCAAAAUCGCUCUUCCUCUUCUUCCCCAUUUUUCGCAAAUUUGAGCUUUGGAUUUCGACUGCAAGAAUGCCUUAGAUUUCGCAAAUCUUCCUCCGAGAGCAUCGGAUAAGAAGAAAAAAAGAAGUCCUCGUAGUUCCAACAGCUACUACCAUGGAUCCAAUCCAAACUGUUCAUGUCAAGCUUAUGGCCUCUGAUCUCCUCUCCUUAACUGUCUGGCCCUCAAACCCUCCCUGCUUCACCCGGAAGGGAAGGCCUAUAUCUCGUGCUGAAACUGUAGGCAUGGUAGUGAGCCGUGAGCACAAGGACAAAUUUCUGAGGUUCCUGGUGGACGAUGGAGUGGGGUGCAUCCCCUGCAUCAUCUGGCUCAACCACCACUACCUCACUUUCCAUGAUGGUUCAUCUAAUCUCGAACUUAUGGCUGAAAUGGCACUGAAGCAAUCUGAGAUAGUUCAGCUGGGGGAGCUAGUUAGAGUCAGGGGGAGAAUCACAAUCUAUAGGGGGAUGCUACAGAUUACAGUGAGGGAUGUGGUGGUGGAGAGGGAUCCAAAUGCAGAGGUGCUACACUGGUUGGAUUGCAUCAGGUUAUCCAAACAGUGCUAUGACUUGCUGCCUGCUGCUGCUCUUCCUGGAUCUGUUCUGAAACCCACAUCAAGAUGGGUCUGA